AUGAAGGUUACCACUGCCCUGGCCCUUCCAGUAUUCUGCCGCAGUGAGGUACAUGUAUACUUGAUCUGUGCCUCGCCACACCCUGAGAUUGGCAAAGUGACAACUGGUAACUGUCACAUCUUGCUUUGCUACAUGUUCAGUACCGGCAAAGAAAUAUGUGCCGAGAGUCGUAGCAUUUGA